AUGGUUUCUGACCGUGGAGCUAAAACUGUAUACAUAAGAGUAGGUAGCAACCAUACCGAUAGAGAUGGUGAAGUGUAUACAUCUACAAAGUUCUGGGUUCAUCCCCGUUGGAACAAUAAGACAAUUGAUAACGACGUCGGAAUUAUUAGUCCAUCUCGCUCUAUUCAGUAUAACGCGAAUGUAAAAGCACUAACAUUGGCGAGCAGUGGCAGGAAUAUACCGGCUGGGACCGAAGUGUUGGUUACUGGAUGGGGACUUACAUCUGAAAACGGACAGGGUAGUGACCGUAUUAUGGCAAUUAGAGUGCCAACGGUAACAAAUGAAGAUUGCCUCAAAACUUACACAUAUAUUAGCGACAUGAUGCUUUGUGCUGGUGUACCUGAAGGAGGAAAGAGUAUAUGUCAAGGUGACUCCGGUGGACCAGCUGUGGCUAAAUUCGGCCAAGUUGGUAUAGCUUCUUUUAGCAUUGGUUGCGCUCGCCCACGCUACCCUGGCGGCUAUGCCAGAGUAACAUAUCCCGGAAUACGCAACUGGAUCAAAACUAUUACUGGCGUUUAAAUAAUAGAUGGCGCUCGUUUUCUGGGUGGCUAUUCUGUAACGAUGUUUUGUACAAAUCGCAAUUCGAGUUUCAAAUUCAUGUCUAUCUCUCUCCGUUAACAUGAUACUAUAGAAAGAGAAAGAUAGAGGUGAAUUCGAAACAUAGUUUCAGAAUAGCUCUCCUGACAGCAAAUACACACUUAACUCUGAUAUAAACACUGAUAUAAAUCCUAAUGAUAGAGAUUCGAGGAUCUUAUAUUAUGCGUAUUUGAACUGCGUAAGCUAUUAAUUAUUUGGUAGUUUUAUUUAUAACAACUUCCUUUUAUUAGAGGAUUUCCCGCAUAUAUCGAUUUAGCGUUCUUAAUGGAAUUUGUAUAACUUUAA